AUGAAAAUUAUUCCUCCGAUGACGAAGUCAACGCCUUUCAAAUUCUCGACCGUGUCGGGCUUUUUCCUCCAGGACGAACCAGACACCGACCCAAGCACAUUUGACUACUCAAAAUCUAAUUUCGGACUAAUCCUACGAGAUAAUGCCUCGUUAAAUACUCAAUGGAAGAAGUUCAUCCAAGAUAUCCAAGAACUGAAUAACCUCGGCGGAGGCUCAGUUCAGUACAAAGUACUCUUUCUCGGUCGACAUGGUGAAGGCAUUCACAACGUCGCGGAAAAACGAUAUGGUACCAAAGCAUGGGAUGAACAUUGGUCUUUACUCGACGGAGACGAGUAUGGAAGUUGGGUCGAUGCCCAUCUUACAGAGGUAGGUAGAACACAGGCUCAGACCGCCCAUGAUACAUGGGCAUCGCAAUUCGAAAAUGGAAUCCCAUCGCCGCAAUCUUACUAUGUGAGCCCAUUGCAUCGGACAUGCGAAACGGCACAAAUUACCUUCCAAGGACUUCGAAUGCCACUUACCAAGCCUUUUAAGCCUUUGAUUAAAGAGUUGGUCCGGGAGACGCUGGGUGAACAUACCUGUGAUCGCCGCUCUAAGGCAUCUGAGAUCAAAGCCGAGUUUCCAGAGUAUCAGUUCGAGGCUGGAUUUAGCGAGGAUGAUUUACUUUGGGAUCCGAAGAUUCGGGAGAAAAAUUCGGAUCGUGAUGAGAGGUUUGCUAAGCUGUUGAAUGAUAUUUUCGCGACUGAUGAGAAUGUUGUUCUCUCCUUGACGGCGCACUCGGGUGCUAUUACGAGUAUCCUUGAGGUUGUUGGGCAUCGGCCUUUUCCAUUGCAGACUGGAGCUGUUAUUCCAGUCGUUGUGCAAGCUGAGAGGAGGUGA